AUGCCUUCACACAUUGCUCUCCCUGGCGCUGCGCGUCCUCGCCCUAGAUUUCGUGUCAACGGUUCAAAUUGGAGAUGGGUCAAGAAGGGUCUGACUUUACUAUUUGCCUUUUUUGCGUUUACGUUCACAGUAUACUACUUAGUAUGUUCCCUCUCCUCGAUUGAAGCUCAAACUGACCAUCAGAUUCAUAAUGAUAGUCUUUGGAGGCCAACGGGUCCGAUAUUACAAGAAACCGAAGUCACCCCAGCCAACAUCUCCUCAGGGGAAAGAAAGUUUGUUAUCGUUUUACCCGUCGACGAUUCGAGUCCCGAUCUCUGCAAGGUUGUCAGCAGCGCCGUGGCGUUGGGGUAUCCCGCGCCUGUGAUUGUCAAUUGGAAGAAAGACUUUCACACCGAUGCCGACGGUAUUGGACCUUCGCAGCUGGGAAAAAUUACUGGUACACUCAACUACCUAGAAUGGGCAACAGGCGAUGAAGUCUCGGAGGAGGAGAAGCUGGGAGAGCAUGAUCUCGUGCUCAUGCUGGACGCACACGACAUUUGGCUACAACUACCUCCGAGCGUCAUGAUGCACCGAUACUACAGCAGUAACGAGCGAGCAAACCGACGAAUUGCAGAGGAAUAUGGUUUCUUCGACAAGGAAUUAAUGCAGCAGACCAUCAUUGCCGCCGCGCAAAAGGGAUGCAUCGCCCCACGCGACAAGAUCUCGAACCUCUACUGCAACGACGUCCCCGACAGCACCCUCCCCGAGAAUGUCUUUGGCUUCUUCACCGACUAUACUGUAUCACGAUACAAAUACAUGCGCCCCAAGUAUGUCAACAGUGGCAGUUUCAUGGGUCCCGCAGGCGACAUGCGACGAUACUUCCAGCGUGUCAAAGAUCGCAUGGACCAAGAUCUCCUUGAGGUCAGGUCUGCCGAGGACCUUGCUGGUGACCAGGGUAUUUUUGCCGAGAUUUUUGGCGAGCAGGAACUUUGGCGCCGGCAGAUCAAGCAGGAUGACUUUGCUGGCGACAACCCUGGAAAAGAGGCGGCACUUUCUGCCCGAAACGAAUUUGAGUACCAUGUCGGCUUGGAUUACACACAAGAACUGUUCUACCCGACUUGCUACUCUGACUACGCCGGUGCUUUCGUGUCGCUUGACGAUCCCUCUACGAUUGCCAAGGAGUCGAGCCAAGCUGGCGUUUCGCCCCCUCGCGUAGGUGGUGUGCCAAGCGACAUUUCCAAGGCUGAAGCUCCAUUUUCUCAAUUGGAUGACCACGUGGGCGGUUGGGGUGACGUUUCGCUGUAUGUGGACUUCUGGACGACCUCUGUUCCCGUUGCGAUACACCACAACGCCUGGAGAGAUGGACUAAAGGCCCGUCGCUCGACAUGGUGGGAUAAGACGUGGUACUUUCCACAGCUGCGCAACCUGAUCGAGGCGCACAUGACAGCAAACACAACAACACCGUUAGCGAGUAUUACCGCCGACGAUGGCAACCUGGAGGUUUGGUCAUACGGCGCAAAGACCAAAGGUAGUGCGUCGCUACUAUUUGGAAAGAACAAGGACACAAAGGCUUGGGGAUUGCGAUCGACAGAUUGGGAUACGAUCUGUAAAGCCAGUAAUGAAGCGGAGACUGAAUCGCGCUGGUAUGACGAAGUAUUCAGGGAUGGAAAGGGAUUACUAUAG